ACUGGAUCUUCUCCCGUUCAUGAAACCAAUGUCUGCACUGGGCCAUUGUACGAUGAAAUCUCCGCAUGCAGUGGUGAUUCCGGUGGUCCUCUAGUCUCGUACAAUGGACAAAAGCCGGUGCUCACUGGAAUAGUAUCUUGGGGUAUAAUUCCAUGCGGUACUCCAGGCGCGCCAUCCGUGUACACCAGAGUGUCUAAAUUCAAUGAUUGGAUUGCUCAGAAAAUUGGUAGUUAUUAAU